AUGGACACUGCCAUGAAAGCCAACCUGGGCGAUGCCGGCCAUAGGCCCCGCACAGAGCUUGAUGAUGACGACUACUACCCCCAGGGUAGCUGGGACACGGUCUUUCUAGUGGCCCUGCUGCUCCUAGGGUUGCCAGCCAACGGGCUGAUGGCAUGGCUGGCAGGCUCACAGGCCCGGCAUGGGGCAGGCACGAGGCUGGCUCUGCUGCUGCUCAGCCUAGCCCUCUCUGAUUUUCUCUUCUUGGCAGCGGCAGCCUUCCAGAUCCUGGAGAUCCAGCAUGGAGGGCACUGGCCGCUGGGUACUGCUGCUUGCCGCUUCUACUACUUCCUGUGGGUUGUGUCCUACUCUUCAGGCCUCUUCCUGCUGGCCGCCCUCAGCCUGGAUCGCUGCCUGCUAAGCCUGUGCCCACGCUGGUACCCCGGCCGCCGCCCAGCUCGCCUGCCACUGUGGGUGUGCGCUGGGGUCUGGGUGCUGGCCACUCUCUUCAGCGUGCCCUGGCUUGUCUUCCCCGAGGCUGCCGUCUGGUGGUAUGACCUGGUCAUCUGUUUGGACUUCUGGGACAGUGAGGAGCUGCCCUUGCGGAUGCUGGAGAUCCUCGGGGGCUUCCUGCCCUUCCUGCUGCUGCUGGUCUGUCAUGUGCUCACCCAGGCUGCCGCCUGCAGGACCUGCCGCUGCCACCAGCCCCAGCCCCCUGCCUGCCAGGGCUUUGCCCGAGUUGCCAAGACCAUUUUGUCAGCCUAUGUGGUCCUGAGGCUGCCAUACCAGCUGGCCCAGCUGCUCUACCUGGCCUUCCUGUGGGACAUCUACCCCGGCUACCUGCUCUGGGAGGCCCUGGUCUACUCCGACUACCUGAUCCUGCUCAAUAGCUGCCUGAGCCCCUUCCUCUGCCUCAUGGCCAGUGCCGACCUCCGGGCCCUGCUGCGCUCGGUGCUGUCGUCCUUCGCGGCGGCUCUCUGUGAGGAAUGGCCCAGCAGCUUCUCACCAGCCGAGCCACAGACCCAGGUGGGCUCUGAGGGGCCAACUCUGCCCGGGCCAACACCUGAAGCCCAGCCACAGCUAGAUGCCACGGCCCAGCCUCAGGCCAGCGCCCCAACCCAGCCACAGCUGAAUCCCGGGGCCCAGACCCAGGCCAGCCCCCCAGCCCAGCCACAGCUGAAUCCCGGGGCCCAGACCCAGGCCAGCCCCCCAGCCCAGCUACAGCUGAAUCCCGGGGCCCAGAACCAGGCCAGCCUCCCAGCCCAGCAACAGCUGAAUCCCGGGGCCCAGGCCAGCCCCCCAAUCCAGCCAAAGUCAGACACUGUACCCCAGACCCCUGCCUGCCCUGUUGGGGCGGCCCCCAGCCCCUGUGAGGAAGCCUCCCCUAACCCACACCCAGAUCCCACUCCUGAGACCCCAGAGAACCCACUCACACCAGCUGCCCCUGAAGGAGAAAGGCCUAAUAGUGCCCCACCAGAGGAGGCCCCCAGUACUGGCCCCACUUGA